AGCUACAUACCUAUCUAACACUACACUACCCCUAGCUACGUACUUUACUUACUACAAACAACGACUGUUUUCGUUUCCAUCGUCGACAAUGCCGCUGCUGCUGCCGCUGCUGCUAACUACUAAAUGUCCGCUACACAGGUACGGAAAAGGCGCUGGGCUGCUACUACACCACCACACCAUGCAGCUCCGCUCCGCUACCGCUAUCUUAAGGGGAAGAGUUGGGUAAAGGUAGGCAGGUGCUUCGUGCAGGCAGCCAAACGCAUACAUACAAGAAACAGAGCGCGACAGGAAAGGGGGGAGAGGGGGCUACAUAGGCCGCUUCAGAACAGACGACAAGAUCGACAGACAGUCAGCCAGUCUCUUCAAAAACGGAAGAGAGGCAGGCAGAGGGGUUUAGGAGCAAGGAAAAGAGAGAGAAAGAAAAGAGAUAAUGCUAGAGAAAAGAAACGAAAACGACAGAAGAAGAAAGAUCAAAGAAAGAAGACGGAGGAAAUAUCUCAUCCACAUCCCACAUCCAUCAAACGCCCAAUCACAAACGCCCAAACAACCACCCACGCCACGCCAACCCAACCCUUAGCACCACAGUAACACCUAUCGGCCCAAUCCAAAUCCAACCGAACGCACUAAACCAAAAACCAGAAAACAAAUAAAAAGUAUAAAGAUAAAUAAACACAAAACGCCCAAACCAGCCCCCCACCACCCAUCCCCCAACCCAUCCAUCCAGUCCAGUACCCAAACCCCAAUCCCAACCCAAUCGAAAA